UUCUCUGUCUUCUUCAUGCUCAUUUUCAAAUCGUCGUGCACCAUACUCGGACAAAUCGAAGCUAUACUCUCUGCAAUUCUUUUUUUCAACUUAGCCGUCCUUCAAUUUGUUGUACUGCAAACGAUAGAGUUCGUUUUGAAUUUUAUUUCGUGUUCAUCUGAGGCGGAGAAGUUAUUGGAAUGGCUUUUCUAGAGGUAAAACAGAAACUCCUACGCGAGAUUGAAGAUCUAGGAUUCCCAAGGGCCCGAGUUGUCCGAGCACUUCAUAGUACUGGGAAUGUCAGCACUGAAGCUGCAAUUAAUUGGCUCAUUGAUCAUGAGAAUGAUCCAGAUAUAGAUCAAAUGCCCCUGGUAGCAAUAGAGAUUGAUCUUGAAUCUCCUGAACCAUUUCAUAUCACAGAGGAAAUGAAAAGAAAGGCUAAGGAACUAAGGGAUCAUGUACGGAAAGAAAAAGAAGAAGAAGAAAAAAAGUUAGAAAGACAGAGGGAGAAGGACAGAAUUCGUUCUGGUAAAGAAUUACAAGAAGCAAAAAGAACCGCAGAAGAAGCUGAACGGAAACGCUAUAUAGACUCUAGGCAAGCUGAUAAACAGGAGGAGAAGAGAGCAAGGGAAAAAGUUCUACAAAAACUUGAACAAGAUAAGAUAGAAAGAAGGAGGAAUAGUGGAAUGCUCUCUGAAAGGUCUGAAAGCCUUGAUACAAAAUCUAACGCCACCGAAGCAGGGAAAAAGGAUGAACUUAGAUCGCAGAAUUCACUGCCAGCAACUUCAGUUAGUAAAGCAGUUUCUAUGAGAGAAUGCUUAAGGUCUCUUAGGCGCCAUCAAAAGGAUGAUUCUGAUAAAGUGAGAACUGCCUACCGAACCCUCUUUAUCUAUGUCAGAAAUGUAGCCAAAAAUCCUGAUGAGGAAAAGUUUAGGAAGAUUCGACUCAGUAACCCUUUGUUCCAGGAGAGAGUUGGGAGUUUGAAAGGAGGGAUAGAGUUUCUGGAGCUUUGCGGGUUUGAGAGAGGAGGAGAGUUUCUGUACCUUCCCCGGGAUAAAGUCGACCGGGGGGCUUUAGUCACUGCUGGAUCACUGUUGAAAUCUGCAAUGACAAACCCCUUUUUUGGUGCAAUAUAAUCAUCAGGUAGAGCCUGUUUAUUGAAUUUGUUCAAAACCUUCUUGCUUUGGAAUUUAAACUUGAACUUUAAAGAAUAAUGUGCAUGUUGGAUAUUGUUACAAAUGUGUAUGAUUUUACUCAUUCGAACAA